AAAACACAAUUUACACGUUUCUAUGGCUACAUAAGUGACGCGGCGCGCGUCCUCGUUCAGCGCGACGAUUGGUUGUUAUGCUUACUGAGUUCCUAAAUUGGAGAACAGCGGCAGCACCAGCAGCAGCUUUUCACUGAGGAGAUCCAGCGAUUUUUUGGACAACAGACCCGUUUAUUCUUUAAUAUUUACUGUUUUAUUAACUGUAUUGUGUUUUAAUUAUUAUAUUAUUGUUAUAUUACUUGUAUUUUCUGUUAUUAAUCACACAUAUUUUGUUUUUCAGGUGUCGAAACCGGUGUGGGUAUACUGACACCCCGCGGUCAGACAUGGAGUUUUGGCGGAGUGAAGACCAUCUCCUGGAGGGGGCUUCUGGUGGGUCAGGAGACCAGUUCAUUCUCCUGCCUUUUUGCGGCACUGAGGAGCUGAGGGACGCCUGUCUGCAGUGGCAGGGUGAGGGUCCAGACCCUUGGAAGGAGCUCAGGAGGGUUCAGCACGAGUUCCUCGAGGGGAAGUUGAGGGCCCUCAUCAAGAAGCUUUCCUUGCCCAGGCGGCAUGGUGGGGGAGUCCUGGUGCCGGUAAUGGAGGCAGCCCCCGCCCACAGGCUGGACUCUACUAAGCCUGAUGUCCCAGGUCCAGUUGCACAGGCUUUGUGUGACUCGGACCACGUGGAGGACAAUGGCAGAGAGAAGAUGUUGGAGCCACCUCCUAAAAUACAGUGCCAAGAAGCUCCAGCUCCAGAACUCACCACCACCUCUCAUCCACAGCCAUCCAGCCAGGGAGACACUGCACCAUCACUUACCACUAACACAAAGAGCAGAUACCUCAAACGCCUUGCUACCAACUUAAGAACCUCCAUUGUGUGUCGUUCCAGGUCUUCUCGCCGCGUCCUGGUGCAGGUUCGAGAGGCGGAACCAACUCACAGGCUGGACCUUCAGGACACAAAGCCUGAAUUGGAGCCAGUGCCAGCUGCACAGGACGAGGACGACCUGGAGGUCCUGGAGGUGGAGGAUCACAGGCCGGGCUGUGAUGAGCGAAGCGAGACAGCUCCAAAAAGAAAGAGAGGAUGGCUACAGCACCUGCUCAGCUGCUUCAGGAGGAAAGCAAGAAAGAGCUGAAAAGGUGGUCUGUAGAGUAUCUGGGUGUAGAGCUCUUAAAUACAUACACACAUACAUACACACAUACAUACCUACAUACAUACACACAUACAUUGCAAGGUUAUACUUUUAUAGUGGUAUGGAGGUCGUGGGUAAUAUUCUGUGAUAUCCUAUGUCGUGAGCUUGGAGGGGGGUGAGUCUGGGAUGCCAGAUUUCACUGCUGAGUCUUCCUGAGGUGUUCAGCGUAACGCUUAUGAAGGGAGGUGCUCAGCGGAUGACCCCUGUGAAGAGCUUGAGGCGUAGUGAAGGAUCAGUGUAGGAGAAGUGAAGGGUGGGUGUUUCGUGUUUGGGAUAAAUGCUGCUGAUUGGAUGGUAAAUGGCCACAGCAGCGUAGUUGAUAGGUGUAUGAGUUUAUGGUUCUCAUGUAGUGUAAUAUAAGUGAGUGAGAGUAGAGUAUAGGGGAAGUGAAUGGGCGGGGCUGUAGAUUUAACCACAGUUGCAUUAGUUGCAUAGAUAUAGAGAUAGGAGAAGGAUUCACAUAGAAAAACACAAACACACAUACAUACACAAACACACACACAAACACAUAUACACAAACACACUAAUACACUCACACACACAAUUUCAAACAAACACACAUAUAUACACACAUGCACAUGCGUACACACACAUACAUUUACAAAGACACAUUAAUACACACAGUUUCAAACACAUACAUACACAAACACACACAAUUUCAAAUACACAUACACAACUGUGUGUCUUUAUGUGCAUGUAUGUAUGCAUGUGUGUAUGUGUGUAUGUGUUUUUGUAUAUGUAUGUGUGUAUGCGUGUGUGUAUGUGUGUUUGUGUAUGUAUGUGUGUUUAUUUAUGUGUGUGCAUGUAUGUACAUGUGUUUAAAAUUGUGUGUGUAUGUGUGUGCAUGUGUUGUAUGUGUGUGUUUGUGUAUGUAUGUAUGUGUUUAUGUGUGUUGUUCUAUGUAUGUAUGUUCAUGUGUAUGUAUGAAUGCAUAUAUGUAUGUGCGUGUGUGUGUGUGUCUGUUUGUGUGUAUGUGUGUGCGUGUGUGAGGGCUGCAACUAAUGAUUAUUUUGGUAGUUGACUAAUCUGAUGGUAAUUUUGUCAAUUAGUCGAUUAGUCAGCGAUUAUUUCUGCCAUGUUCUCCAUCUCUAAAAACAACAGAAAAACAGCUAAACAUGAGAUUUAAAAGGCAUUUAAAUUUCCAGAUGUUUAAAUGUGGAAAGUACUGAUAUUUAGAGAGUAAAUCUUUAAUAUGUUGUGUUCAGGCACUUUUGGAGACACAGACUAAGUUGAGUGUAAACUGUAAAUGACACAUUUACCAAUAUCCCAUUGCGCUUCUGUCCCCAGCACUUGGUGUAAUGCAGUACUGUUACAAAUUAACGAUUAGUGGACAAUUAAAUUUGUAGUCGACAAAUUUAAAGAAUCGACAUUUGAUUAUAUCGACUAAUCGUUGCAGCCUUAGCAUGUGUAUGAAUGUGUGUGUGUGUGAAUGUGUGUUCUCCAUGGAUCGCCACCUUGACGUUGGUGGAGAAUCUUGUGUGUUCCAGUGAACCUGAGAGCGAUGCCGUCUGGAACUUAGGUUCCUGGUAGGGUCACCCAUGGCGGUAAACUCGAGGGAGAGGUUCCAGACAAAGUGCGAUCUGAAGAAGACUUCAGUGGUAGGCAGAGGAUGAUGGGUGCGUCACAAGGGCUGGAAAGGUGGAUGAAGGCUUCAACAGGAAUGGGUCUCCAGUCGUCUUGGUCUCCAUGCCACUGGGCCCUGACCCAAAUAUAUUGAUGUGUUUGUGUUUGUAUGUACGUGUGUGUAUGUGCAUGUGUUUGUGUGUGUGUAUGUACAGCGGUAUGAAAAAGUUUGGGGACCCCUGAUUAUUUUCAUGAUUUUUUUUAUAAAUCACUGGUUGUUGGGAUUAGCAAUUUCAGUUAAAUAGAUCAUAUAACGCAUAAGAUGAACACAGUGAUAUUUGAGAAGUGAAAUGAAGUUUAUAGGAUUAACUGAAAGUGUGCAAUAAUUAUUUAAACAAAAUUAGGCAGGUGCAUAUAUUUGGGCCCCCUUGUUGUUUUAUUGAUUUGAAUACCUUUAGCACAGGGGUGUCCAAACUUUUUUUGUUGGGGGCCAGAAGGAGAAAUAUAUUUGAAGUCACGAGCCACACUCUGUAAUAAAACAAAUAAUGAAAUAUAACACUUUAAAUAAUACUUUUAGACUCUUUUGCCCCGUUUUUCUGCGCUAGAAAUGCGCACCCUCUCCGCUUUUAGACUAUUUUGCCCCGUUUUUCUGAGCUAGAAAUGCGCACCCUCUCCGCUUUUAGACUAUUUUGCCCCGUUUUUCUGAGCUAGAAAUGCGCACCCUCUCCGCUUUUAUACUCUUUUGCCCCGUUUUUCUGAGCUAGAAAUGUGCACUCUCUCCGCUUUUAGACUCUUUUGCUCCGUUUUUCUGCGCUAGAAAUGCGCAGAUUAUAAAAACCUGCUUAACAGCGGGCCAGGUUUCAUUCUAUUUCUAAAAUACCUCGCGGGCCGCUCCAAAACAGGAAACGGGCCUCAUAUGGCCCGCGGGCCGUAGUUUGGACACCCCUGCUUUAGCAGUAAUUAUUGGAACACAGAAUUUGUUUGAAAAGCUCAUUGACCCUCCCUGUGCACCUCCCUGAAAUCAACUUUUGCAACUUGGGAUGUCUGUGGUUGGGUCAAAAUAUCUACCUACUUCAUAUCUCCCCUAUAUAUCGGGAACUGUUUGCUAUGCCGAGACAUGUGAAAUUGUUUUGUGUUUAGAAUUGAGAACUUUUUUCAAGUAUGAAAGUUCUGAAACGUAUAAACUACAAAUGAUUUGCUCCAUAGGAACCCAUUCAUUUUGGGUUCACUCGGGAGCGCCCUCUGCUGGUCAAACAAACCCAGAAAAUAUUUCAGAAACCAUCCCUAAAGAGUAAAAAAAUUAAACAUAAUUUAAAAAGUGUUCUAAAUCACAUUAAAUAAGUAAAAGUUAGCUUUUACUUUGCCUCAGUGACUCUAGUACUGCUGUUUUCCCAGUGUUUUUUGCAGUGGAUGGAACUAAGCUGACUACUUUUUCAGUGGUUUAUAAACUUCAUUGGCUGGUUCCUGGUAUAUUCUGAUAGUUAACAGCUCUCAAAUAGAAUUGUGUGAAACACAGAGUAAAAUGCAUGUAAAAUUGAUGAGGAGAUUUUUAUAAAGUUCAUUUUUCAACGAACGAUCCCAGCAGCUGAAGAUUUUAGCAGAAAAAAAAAACACAAAAAACACAAAAAUGUUAGCAAUGACUGGAAAAAUAUGCAAAUAAUUUUUAAAUAACUGCAAAGAAUGAUAAUGUAACCAAGUAUAUAUUUUAUCAUAUAUGUUUUGAAUUAGCUUCUGAAUCUAUCUAUCUAUCAAGCAACAAGAACAGGUUGGUCAUAAAAUACUUAUCAUCACUGGAUUUCUCAGAAGUAAAUACAGCAAAAUAAGAUAUAUUUGUAAGUAAAAUUAAAUCUUCAUACUUGACCCCUCUAUAAAUACAGUGGCCCCUUGAAUUAAUCCAGACACAGCCGUUAUAUUUUAAAGUAAUAAAAAUAAUUUAAUCUCACAGUUAUUACCCUGACUUCUGAGAUUCUCAAGUUUUAUAAAAUCAUACAAGUCAUACAAUACUUAUCAUUGGACUUCUCAUAAGUAAAUACACCAAAAAAUAUAUAUUUGCUAGUAAAUUAAAUCGUAAAUAGCUCAGAUCAGAAAUUGCUGCUAUAGGAAGAGAUUCACAUGU